AUGCAUAUGAAUAGUCAUUGUAGAAAUUGGUGUACUAUGGUAGACAGAUGUACAUCGAUAAACAUGGGACCAGAAAAAAAAGAUAAAGUUUUGUGCCAGCUGAGUGACUCAGACCACGUGCAACAUCCAGAUGAUCUGAAAUCAGCGGUAGGCUUCAUGUAUAGGAAAAUGGAGGUAAAAAUAAAUAAUUUGCAGAUUCUUUCAGUUUAUCAGUGAAAUAAUUCACAAGCAAUGUUAUGAGAGAUUAUUAGAACACAGGAAAAAUCUGUGGCGUCGAAUCUGAGACGAUUCAUGUAAAAGUUUAUUCAGUGUUCUUAUCAUAACUAGAAACGUAAUUUGCGCUCGAAGUUUACCGAGCAGAGCGAACUGCGGCUUCAAAUGUGCUGAUUGCCGUUUGUGGUCGUUAUAUCAGUGAAAAGAAUACGAGGGAAGACAAAACAUUCAUAAAAAAAAAAAAAAAAGAUCUGGUCACGUUUCCGCAAGGUCGAUACCACAAGUACAUUACUGACAAUCAGAGGGUGUAGAAUAUCUAUCUUAGCUAAGGACCAUUUUAUAAAAGGGGAGGGGAGGGUCAAGAAUUUUUGGGCAUUACAUUGUUUUCAUGGUGAACGGAGUGGGAUUCAAUAGUCGCCAACAGAGUAGCAAGGGGGAAUAUGCCAAUGAGGGGGGAUAAGGGGGGGGGGAGGGGGAAAUUGUUAUAAGAAUAGUACAGAUCAUUAUAGGAGAAUUCCUUUCCCUCCCCCCCGUCUUAUCUUAAAGAAAAAUAAAGCUACAUAUAUUUUUGCAUCAGAACAAGUGUUCCUUCAACACGUGCUACAACAAUGCAACUUGCCUGGUUGGAUUCACAAACAAGGGAUAUAUGUGUGCGUGUCAGCCUGGAUACACAGGGGAACACUGUGAAAAAGGUAAGGGCUACUUUGCGCGUGCAGUGUAAUAGUUAUAAUUCCUCUUCCAAUGCAGCUCUUUUGUACCCGUUUUAGUUUUUGUCUCUUACGCACAUCCUUUCCUUUUAGUUUUGGUGCUUUCAAUUACAGCGGUGUGUUUGGAGUCUUUUUCAGUGUUGUCUUUCUAUUUGUUCUACUGUAGGUAACAUUUUGUUUGGUGUUAUGGUCGCUCUCCCAGAUACGUUUUUUUCAGAGCUAAAAGACAACUUAGCAUUUAGAGAAUCAUUAGGCAUUUGCCAUAAUAAUUAGUUCCGGGACUGGACUCCUGGGCGAGAGAUCCGGGAUCAAGACCUGGCUGGGUCUCCGUGUUGUAUUCUUAGGGAAAGCACUCUAAUUUCAUAGUGCCUCUGUCUAUUCAGGGGUAUAUAUGGGUACUGGUGAAUUGUAAGCUUAACGAAAUGCUGGGGAUAACCUUGUCAUAGACUGACACCAUAUGUAAGGGGGGGAGGGGAUAAUGGAAACUGGAAUAAUCUCCGGCUGGAUGGGCCACUUGGUUCGAUGCUUACCUAUUUUUGAAGCUUCUGAACAAUGAAAAUGAUGUGAAUUAAAUCGAUUCUCUUGUUUUCAUGAUCACGCAAUGCACCGAUUCACUCUCUUGACGUGAGUCGAGUGUUGCCGGUCUCCUCUCGGGAUUCUCACGCAGCGACUCGCGACGUCUUUAUUUAUCUUAUAGACUUGUGUUUUUUCUUGUCAAUGUGUCUCUUAAUUGAUCUAAUUUUCAAUUAUACGAGUAUGGAUCACUUGUUUAUGAUAAAUGGUAAGCAUAAUUUUACGCACUUUUACUGGGAAAUUUUGGGAGACCAUUAUUUAUUGCAAGGGGGGGGACUCUAGGGGGAUGAAAUGGUUUUCGCGGGGGUACAAAGGGGGGUCAUUCGUAAUAAAUCAAGAAUGGUCUCUCAGUCGAUCACACCAUUCCUGUAUAAGUGUCGUAGAUUUUUUACUUUUAAUAGAAAGCAUUUGUUUCUUCAGAUGUAGACGAAUGUAUUACCAAUACCCACAACUGUGACGUCAAUGCUGACUGCAACAAUACCGAAGGUUCCUUUAAUUGCAGUUGCAAGGAAGGCUUUAAUGGCGAUGGCAAAAACUGCACAGGUAACCAUGAAAACUGUCCCUUUAAAUUUUUCUAACCAACGGAAUAAGUUAAUUUAUAUUUGCUUAGACGUAACGAGUUUAUCAACAACAUCGACGAUUCACGCCUUAACUUGAGCACAUCGUUUGUAAGCAGCGUUGAAUUCCAAAUGGGAACUUAAAUCAUUUUACUUUGAGGUUUACCCUCUCUAACCACGCAAAAUUUGGUGAUUUGGCGUCGUCGUUUUGCAGAGGACGGCCUAGAAAUGUAAAAAGUUUUAAAACGCACAUGCUAAGCUAUUAUUCAGCCAACUAAAUACUUUGUUUUGCCACGCCCUUAUUGCCCCUACCGUCACAAUUGUCCUAUGGUCCGUAUUUUGUGUGAAACCAUUGAAGCACAGGAAAGGUAUUGAAAUAAAUUUACAUAGAUGUGAGUCGAUUCAGUGUUUUUCGCACAUGAACGCAUUCGUCUAUACUGCUGCCUUUUUCAUCUUUUAGAUAUAGACGAGUGUUUCACUAACAAACACCAUUGUCUCUCUAAUGCAAGUUGCAACAACACGUAUGGGUCGUACUCGUGCAGUAAGUAUGCAAAAAAUUAAUGUUCUGCUUUUCAGAUUAGAACAAGUCCUAUCCAUCGAUUAUACGUAUUCCGAUUGGACACUCCCUGACACAAACACUAGGUUUACGAAUAACGUAAUUUCUAAUUGAGUGUUUAAGUACUCUGGUAUUAAUCGUAAAGAGUUCCAAAGCUGUCGUUUCGAGCGUUAGCUCUUCGUCAAAGCGAAUGGCUAAGAUUCUGACGAAGGGCUGACGAAGGGCUAACGAAGGGCUAACAAAGGGCUAACAAAGGGCCAACGCUCGAAACGUCAUACGAAACUGACGAAGGGAUAACGCUAGAAAUGUCAGCUUUGAAACUCUUUACGGUGGCUAAUUUACGCUAUCAACUCAGUUGAUGAUACUAAAUUACCUCGUUAUACUUCGGAAUUAAUUUAUUUUUGUAUUACCCUGUUCGGUGACUGUUCAAGAAAAUUCUCUUCUAGUGUUUAAGUAAUCUAACCUUUCUAGACAAUCCCAAGAAUGUGGGACUGCAAACUUGGUGAUUCUUUUACAACCUCGAGCAAAGACAAACGAAUCAAAAAGAGCACAUAAACAAUUUACAGUAACUGGGUCAAAUACGAAUCCCCAGUUCUUGACCUUUAUAACAAAGAAGACCGACAUAACAUCUUCAACCACAGUAAGGAGCAUGCUUUACAUUACUGUAUGGCAAGGUAUUCCUGAAGCAAAUCUGAGCAUUCUGAUUAAUUAUUACUUGGUCUGAUUUUGCCAUACAGGCUGUUUCCAUUAAAACGGUCUCACGUCAUUCCUUUUGUCCGCAGAAGCCGGCAAAUUAAAACAAAAUAAGUUUGGUCCAAAGUGCUAUCAACUAAAUCACUUACUAACUUUGCUUGUUUGAAUGUAGGGGGGAAAUAAUUUUGGCCCACGUACGACUUGUGCGUACCUAACUGCGCUCGGUUCGUACCGUCACGACCUCGGGCCAAUAUUCUCCAGUACGGCCUUUUUGUUUGAAUAUUAAGAAGGAACGUGAACGGUAACAGUGACCCUGAUUGGGUCCUGAUUAGCAGCCCCAUUGGAGUCCCAAAAAGACAUAGAAAGUGCCUGCCUGCGCAAUAAGACAAUAUGCGUAAUUUAUGUGUUGUUUUAUAGACUACUGGAUUCAUAUAAUCUUUGAAAAAAGUUAACUAUUACGUUUUUAUCAUCGCUAAACACAACUUAACUAUUCCCCUUCAGUAUUUAAAGCUGUUUUUACAAAUCUCAAUGCCACUGGAAGAUAUGGUCCAACAACGCUGGGCAGUCACUACACAGGUCAGGAUCAUGACGGACAAGUUACAGUAUCCAACGGUACUCAGCGGUGGACUGUGCCGUACACUGGUGACUACAGAAUACAAGCAAUAGGAGCAGCAGGAGGAUACGAUUCAACAGCUAACAGCUCUCAGUAUCGUGGAAGAGGAGCAAAAAUAACUGGAACAUUCCGCUUAAACAAGGGUGAAGUCAUCCUGAUACUUGUUGGUCAAGAGGGAACAGUAAACAUAGCGGGUCCGUCAUCUGGAGGCGGUGGAGGUACAUUUGUAGUGAGAGGAGCCAACACUUCUUUAAUAAUAGCUGGAGGCGGAGGAGGCGUACAGCAGGCGGUUUCAAAACAUGCAGGAUGCGACGCCAGCACAGAAACAACUGGGAAUCCUGGGUACAAUUCAUGGUCAGGGGGGAGUGAUGGGCAUGGUGCCCAGGCCUCUGAUAGAAAUGGCCGGGGUAAGUUCUUUAAUCAGUUAUAGUGAGAAAAAAAAGAGAGAAUUGAUACAAUAUUUAUCGGCUGACCUCGUGACCAAAGUCUUUGCUUGAAAAUGCUGCCCAGCCGGCAAAAACUAAUAUUUAUGACAAUCGCUCCCUAAGUAUCUCAAUCAAAAAUAUAUAUUUUUGUUUACUUAUUUUGUAAUUAUCAUUAUUAUCUUUCAGGUGGUGGUGGUGGCGGGUUUUACUCCAAUGGAAAAAGUGGAAGAAACUUUGGUGGAGGCGGUGGAAAUGGCGGAGAGGGUGGUAGGGGAUUUCUUCAGGGAGGGGAGGGUGGGAGAGCUUGGAAAAAUGGUAUCGAUGGUGGGUUUGGUGGAGGCGGUGGAGCUGCUGGAUGGAGAGGUGGAGGAGCAGGGGGGAGGGGGGAGGAGGGGGAUACUCUGGGGGAGGCGUUGGAGACAAUGCUGGUGAUACCUGUGGGGGUGGGGGAGGCUCCUACAAUGUUGGAAUUAAUCGGCAAGAUGAAUGUUGCUAUAACACAGCUGGUCACGGCCAGGUGA